AGGAAGAAAGUUAGGUGGGAUGGGGCCACACCGGAGCCUGAUGAAGAGACAGAUAUGCGGGAGACUGAGGAGGACUCUGAGGAGGAUAUGAGGGGUGAUAAGGUGCGCAUAUAUGCUUAUCGUGGUGGGAGUUUUCGGCUUGCGUGUGCAUACUACGAUCCUGUGAAGCGUUUUGUCUACGUUCUCGAGGACACGGAGGAGAACGUUCACUUCGACUUGACGAAGAUGCUGUUUGAACAAACCUCACCGGAUGCCAUCAUCACUAGCUCCAGAGCAGACGACGGAUUCAUCUCAGUCUGUCAGAAAUACGUCGAUGCAUCUGGCGGAACCUUCCAAAUUCGACCACACAAAGAUUUCACUCCGAGUAAAGGCCGCAACCACCUCUUAUCCCUGGGGUUUCUCUCUUCUUUGGAGGCAGAGGAGGGUGCAGACGGAUCCGAUUUGGGGUCAGUUUCUGAUGCUAGGAGUGCUUAUGAGUUCAUGAGGAGGAGAAAAGAUAAGUAUGGGGAUCCCACGAUGAGGAGGUGGAAUGCAUCGAUUAGGAUGUCUAACUUUGCCGCUGUCGACACGGCCCCGCUAUGUGUGAGCUGCAUCGGUGCGCUGCUCGACCAGAUGGCUCGGGAACGGGCGGUUGGAGAGUUGGACGACGAAGGCGUGGCUGGUCUUGAGGUUCUCGGUAUACAGGCGUUGACACUAGAUGCUGUCAUGUAUAUCAAUUCCGAUGCACUGUGCUCCUUGCAGAUUUUUGUCGACGAAGGCCAUGCGUCCAUCCAUUCGGACAAAACGAAGGAGGGCCUAUCGCUCUUCGCCAUCCUCGACCAAACACGAACUGCCCUCGGUCGUCGUCUCCUCCGCACCUGGUUGCUCAGACCAUCUCUCGAUAUCUCCAUCAUUUCCAGUCGGCAUGACGCCAUCGAUUGUUUCACUCGUCCCGAGAACCUCGUCGCUGCGAAUACGAUGCACAAUCACCUAAAGGGGUUCAGGAAUAUACCGAAGAUUUUGACGGCUUUGAGGUCUGGAAAAGCCAAGACGCAGGAUUGGCUUAGUCUUGUGAAGUUCACAUUCCAUUCCGCAAUGCUGCGGGAUACAUUGACGGAGUUGAGCAUGGGGGGCAGUGUCGAUGUUGUGCACAAGUUAACGGCUGUUUUGGACAUCGCUAGCUUCAAGGAAGUGGGUACUGCAGUAAAUGAAACGAUUGAUUGGGAGGAAAGCACUGUUUCUGGCAGAGUCUGCGUUCGUCCUCACAUCGAUGAAGAACUCGACAACAGAAAACAUGUUUACCAUGGAUUGGACGCUGUUCUUUCCAAAGUCGCUGAAGAUAUCAGCGAGACUGUUUCGCCCGACUACGCAUCUUCGUUGAACGUAGUCUAUUUUCCUCAGCUGGGAUACCUCAUAUGUAUCCCUUUGCUCGAGGAGUGGAAGACCGGUGAUGGCAUUGUGGUGAUGGAGGGAUGGACCUUUCAGUUCUCGUCAGAGUCCCAUGUGUACUUCAAGUCGGAUAAGAUGCACGAUCUCGAUACACACAUUGGCGACAUCUAUACUUCCAUCGUCGACAGGGAAAUCGAGAUUUGUCAAGUACUACUCGAUAAGAUUCUAGUUUUCGAAGAAGCAAUAAGUCACGCCUGUGACGUCUGUGCUGAACUCGACUGCCUUCUCUGCUUUGCUGAAGCCUCCAAUGCGUACGGAUAUACCAGACCAGAGAUGAGCGAAGAGAAUACUAUCAUGAUUAAGCAAGGCCGCCAUCCUUUGCAGGAACAAGUCGUGGAUACAUUCGUGCCGAAUGACGCUUUUCUGGUCGGUGGUGCUGGCAUCGGAAGCUACCCUAAUGUACGAGCAGAUGAGGAUGAUUCGAGUGGGGAAGUGCCACUACUUGGUAACAGUAUCGUUGUGUGUACGGGAGCGAAUGCUUGCGGAAAGAGCGUAUACUUGAAACAAACUGCCUUGAUCCAGUUCAUGGCUCAAAUCGGAUGCUUUGUUCCCGCCGAGUCCGUCAUUCUCGGGAUUGUGGAUAAAAUCUUUACUCGUGUCCAAAGCCGAGAAUCCGUAUCAAGAGCCCAGUCAGCUCUGAUGAUAGAUCUAAACCAAGUUUCUCUGGCCCUGCGAAACUGUACAUCGCGCUCUUUGCUACUUCUCGAUGAGUUCGGGAAGGGUACCUUGUCGACAGACGGCGCUGGUCUCUUUUGCGGUGUCAUCAAGAGCCUACUUGCGCGUGGUGCCGAUUGCCCAAAGGUCCUCGCCACAACGCACUUUCAUGACCUGUUCCGUGACGACCUACUCAGUCCUCGUCUACUGCCCAUCACUUACGCCCACAUGGAGGUCCUAUUUACGACCGCAGACGGGGAAGUCAUUAUUGGUAGCGACCAUUCUGACGAGGCCGAACAGACAGGAAGCAUAUCUCGAAGGAUCGGUCAUGGGGAGAAGAUAACAUACUUGUACAGAGUUGCACCGGGCCUUUCGCUACGUUCUCAAGCUGCCCGAUGUGCUGAAAUCUUCGGUAUACCCCACGACAUUGUGGAGAGAGCUCAAUACGUCAGUGACCUUCUAUCUGCUCAUGAGAUCACAAAGCUUCUAGAUGAAGAUAUGACUGCAGAAGAAAUGCGCGAGCUCGAGGAGGCUGAUCGAGUUUGUCGAAGGUUAUUGCAGUGGGACCUGGAAGUUGAGAGCAAAGAGGAGCGGGACCCGAGGUCAGGGUUGGCGAAGGUUUUGCAAGAGCUGGAGUGUGUGGAAGAAUGAUCAACUCUUGGCAGUGGACGAACGUCUCAGUCGGCUGCGGGCAGGGUGCUUGAAGGGCCAUCCAUAGUAUACCGUGCGGCUUGUCAACUCUCGAAUAAAGGCCGUGCAUAAGGUGGAACAGCAAGAUAAUUUAAAGGGAAGGUGUCACCGGAAGGUAUCGCGACGGCGUGAGAAAUGAG